CUGUGGCUGUGCAUGAAAUGUAAAUUUUCGAUGAUGUUUUUGUGUCGCCAAGUAGUAUAAAAGUUGCGUCGUUAGCAUUGUCCAGAACAGGUCCUCACCCGGUGAGCCCAAGACAGUCUGAAUCUCGCGAAAUCACGUCUGAAGGAGUAACUCCGUGACAGAUUUCAUACAAGCAGCCAUGAGAGGGGGCUUUAUUCUUCUUUUUCUAGCCUCAGUGGCUUUUGUCGGUGGGAGAGCAGCGUUCACGUGUCGCUCUGAGUUCGGCAACCGACUGCAGCAGUUUAACGGCUACAGAGCCAGGGUGGAGCUGCCCUGCAAGUACAAUGCCAUCAAAGGCCAGCAUUGCGGUGACUACAUCAUCAACGUCACCCCAGGUAUCACCUAUAACGGCGUUGAUUACCUCUCUUCCACGGCCUGGUUGGGUGUCAAGAGGAUCUCCGACGGCAAGUUCAUCGAGUUCCGCACCAGCUACAAGAUCGCCGGCAAAUACCUUACAGAGCUGCAGUGCAAGGGGUCAACAACUCUGCUGCCGGUAGUAGUGAAAGACGGAAAUCUUAAGUUCGCCGACAUCUUUAACUACGCUCACGAAGAUGACGGCCUUGGUGUGAUCUUCACUGAGAAACAAAAUACCUGGUCAUUCAGCUUUGGUCUGUAUGAGUUCAAAGGCAGUAGAUUCAAGUCUUCUGACUGGUCCUUCACUUGCAAUGAUGACAGCGUUCCACUAGUUCCGUAUCCUGAGCAGCUCUGUGGAAAUUCCAGCAAAAACAUUCUGAAGGACAGGACUGCUGGCUUCACCGAAUGGUCAGACGAUGUAGCCACUGUUAUGCUCGACGUGUUCAGCAAUCCUAAGAUUGCUCAAUAUGAGAAUAUCGAAGACUUCUGCUUAGUCAGCCAGGACAAGUUCGUCAACCUCUGCCCUGACGACGCAGCGAGAAUAAAGACCAUGGCCGCGUGCUGGAAUAUCCUGGGUGAGAAAGGUCACCGCAAGUGUCUGACCAAGUACACCUUCUCACCCAUCGAAAUCUUUGCCAACUGCAUAGACUGGAUGUGUCAAGGAGCUCCACCCAAGGACCCAACCAAAAGCUGUGACAAGGUCGCCGAAGCCAUCGACGACUGUCGCGAGUUUCCGAUUCUGACGAGCCUGGUGAAGGCGUCCAAGUGCUACAGCGGCCUCUCGUACCGGCUGAAGGACGACAGCGAGGAUGACAGCUGUUCCUAAGCCGCAGAGGUCACAACAUUUGACAGCGAUGAUACCACGCAACGUCUUAGAGGCUAUAACUGCAUUAGUGCUUUUUAGCCACAAUAUUUUUUUUCU